AUGGCAAACCCAUACGGACAUAUUCGCUAUUUUCAGCAAUCCACCACAGAGGAUGACGAAAGCGAUGGGAUAUCUUCGUUAGACAACGCGCACCUGCCUGUCAUAAACUCAGCGCCGUCGAAUGAUGAGGAAAGUGUGGACAGUGGUAUCCUUCGAAUCAAGAGUCGCGUUCGGGAGUUGGAGACCGUCUUUUCUUCCAACUUUAAUGGAAAAUCAGAUGCUCCAGCUACCCAAGAUGAAGAACAACGUAGCGAAACAUCACACGAAAGCGCGGAUGUCGGUACCCUUCGAAAGGAACUGGAAGAUGCCGAUCGAGUUCACUCACUUUCUUUGGCUGAUUAUCUCAAAGUGCUCGAGGUGAAACCAGCAGGUUUUGGUUCUUCUUAUAGUGCAGGUCGUCCCCAGACACCAGACCCUGAAAACUUGACAUGGAACGACUUGAUGAAAGCGACAGCAUCACGGUCAGGGUCUCUUGCUGACAAUCAUUCAGGUCCGACGAAAACAAGGGAACCGCAAGACGAUCACCAACCUCUGCCAAAGCGACGAAAGCGAGCUUUCUGGAUUGCUCUUCUACUUCUGUUGGUGAUUGGAAUUGUUGUGGCAGUCGUUGUCAGCACUGAUGACUCUGUCCCUGCUGGUGCUGUGCAAACGGAAAUGUCAGUCACGGGAGUAUCAGACAAGGAAGAGGGAACAGGCAACGAUUCUUCUGAUUUUGCGCCUGAUCCAUCACUUCCGGUGCCACCGAGUUCCGCGGCAACACCAAAACCGUCCGAGUCCAAAGGGUCAGUUGCUAUCCAGCCUAGUAGUCCCUCGAAGACACCGACGAUCCCGACGACUAAGGAGCCAUCGAAUCUCACAAAAGCACCAAUAAUACCUACCCAACAACCACUGAGCCCAACUUUGCGCCCUGUAGUACUGAUUCCCCCUGCUCCCGCUCCAUCAGCGUCCCCAGUCUCCCCUGAGCUGCGAGACCAAGUGAUUGGUUUUCUAGAACAAGAAUACGGAGUUGCUUUUCAGGAGGCCUAUAAUAUCGUCGCUGUGGACUGGGUGCUUGCUGGAGGCGUUGGUGUCCUCAAUCACAAACUAGCGCAACGAUUUACAAUGAAGGUGCUUGAUUUGAGUCUACGUGGAGACAACACUGUCCAGCCGGCUGGAACCUUGAAUGCGGCAAAGUGGUCGGCAUCAAAUUUUGAUGAGUGUCAGUGGAACGGUGUCAAAUGCAAUGCUGAAGGCCUGGUGACAGAGUUACGAUUGGGUGGUCGGUCAUAUGGGGGGACAAUUCCGAGAGAGAUCAGAAUACUACAAAGAAGUUUGGAAUUCUUGGAUAUUUCAAAGAAUGAGCUCGUUGGUACUUUGAAUGAGGAUUUCUUCCAAUUGACACAACUGAAACGGGUCUAUCUGUAUCAGAACAAAAUCUCUGGCGGAAUUUCACCCUCCUUUGCCCUACUGCAAAAUCUCACACACCUUCACAUGAGCCAAUGUCAACUGAGUGGUCCACUUCCUAAUGAUCUACGAAGGAUGACAAAUUUGCGCUACUUGAACUUGCACCGAAAUCGAAUAUCAGGCCGUUUGCCUCACUACAUGAAGUACAUGUCUAGUCUUUGGUACCUUGAUCUUGGCAGGAAUGAUAUUAGUGAGGAUCUACCAAAUGGUUGGGGAGACGGAAUGGUCUCGCUGCGACAUUUGUACCUGGACCACAACCGAAUUGACAAGUAUAUUCCAUCAUCCUACAACAAACUGGGGGAUUACCAAUUGCAAGUGUUGGUAUUGAACAACAAUGAUCUGACAGGGUCGGUUCCAUUGAAGAAUCCAGGAUUAGUCACAUUGAAUGUCCACAACAAUAGGUUGAGUGCCAAUCUCGGAGGUGACGUAUGUGCAAUGAGCAUCUUUGGUUCUGGCAAACUGGUCGAUUUCAAUGCAGAUUGCAAUAUCUGUCAUUGCGAGGGCUGGAUGUGUGACAAUUGCACCCAGUAG